CGCGGUGAGUUCUCUGACGGCCCCAGCCAGGGAAUUUCAAUUUGAAACCCAGCGGAGGGUGGAGGCGACGGGCGCGGAGAACCGGCGUUCGAGGCUGGAGCGGGACGCGUCCCCGGGGCGAGCUAGCUCGAGAGGGGCGGUGUCUGGGUUGUACUUUGUCACGGCUGUUUUCCCCUCCACUGCCCGGCUGUACUUACAUUGGAUUUUCCAGUCGAGUCCCCUGUGCUGUUGUCAAGGUGAAACUGAGUUCCAAUAUUCAAUCUUAGCUGCUUGAAUUGUUACCUUGUAAGCUGUAACCAUGACUACUGAAGUUGGCGCUGCGUCUGAAGUGAAGAAGGGCUCUGACCAGGCGGGAGCAGAUGCCCCCAAGGAGAAAGCUAAAGAAGUAGAAAAUGAGCAGACUCCGGUCUCUGAGCCCGAGGAGUUGAAAGGGUCCCAGUCGGGUCCUACAGUUGAAAGCCAAAGCAGCCCCCGCCGGCGGAAGCGAGGGAAGGACGCGGCCGAGAACAGGGGCAUCGCUCGCUUCAUACCCCCCUGGCUUAAGAAGCAGAAGUCUUACAAUUUAGUAGUAGCCAAAGAUGGAGGAGAUAAAAAAGAGCCUACUCAAGCUGAUGUGGCAGACCAGAUCUUAAACAAAGAGGAAUCCCUUCCUGAAGAAGAGAGUCGGGCCAAGGGCGAUGCAGAAGAGAUGGCUCAGAGGAAGCACCUGGAGGUGAAGGUGGAGGUCAGGGAAGACACCCCAGCCUUGAAAAGCAGCGCUGAGACCCAGCCUGCUGAAGAAGUGAAGAAGGACAAGGAGGAGGAACCAAUCCAAGAUGCACAGGAAGAGAAACUGGAAGGCGACGUAGCCAGAAGGGAGACGAAGGAAGUGCAGACAAGCGAGCCGAAAGCAGAGGUGGCCUCUCAGAAAGCCACCAAGAAGACCAAGACUGUCCUGGCCAGAGUGACCCUCCUAGAUGGCACGGAAUACAGCUGUGACCUGGAGAAACGUGCGAAGGGACAAGCGUUGUUCGACAGAGUGUGCGAGCACCUGAACCUCCUGGAGAAGGACUACUUUGGACUUGUAAUUCAGGAGCAUCCUGAGCAGAAAAACUGGCUAGAUCCUGCAAAGGAAAUAAAGAGACAGCUGAGAAAUCUUCCCUGGCUGUUCACUUUUAAUGUGAAAUUUUAUCCUCCGGAUCCUUCUCAGCUGACUGAAGAUAUCACCAGAUACUUCUUGUGCCUUCAGCUGAGGCAGGACAUCGCCUCUGGCCGCCUGCCCUGCUCCUUCGUGACCCAUGCCCUCUUGGGGUCCUACACCCUGCAGGCUGAACAUGGGGACUAUGACCCAGAAGAAUAUGACAGUAUUGAUCUCAGUGACUUCCAUUUUGCCCCGGCCCACACCAGGGAGCUGGAGGAAAAGGUGGCAGAACUGCAUAAAACCCACAGGGGCUUAUCUCCAGCACAAGCUGAUUCUCAGUUCUUAGAAAACGCAAAGAGGCUUUCCAUGUACGGCGUUGACCUGCAUCAUGCCAAGGACUCAGAAGGAGUGGACAUCAGGCUGGGCGUGUGCGCUAACGGACUUCUCAUUUACAAGGACAGACUGAGGAUCAAUCGUUUUGCUUGGCCGAAGAUCUUGAAAAUUUCCUAUAAGCGCAGCAAUUUCUACAUUAAAGUUAGACCAGCAGAGCUGGAACAGUUUGAGAGUACCAUUGGAUUCAAACUGCCAAACCACCGGGCGGCUAAAAGGCUAUGGAAAGUGUGUGUGGAGCACCACACGUUCUACAGGCUUGUGUCUCCAGAGCAGCCACCAAAGACCAAGUUCUUGACCCUGGGGUCCAAGUUCCGCUACAGCGGCCGCACACAGGCCCAGACCCGAGAAGCAAGUACCCUCAUAGACAGGCCAGCACCACAGUUUGAGCGCGCUUCUAGUAAACGUGUCUCAAGGAGCCUAGAUGGAGCCCCGAUUGGCGUUGUGGACCAAAGUCUUGUGAAGGAUUUCCCAGGCCCUCCUGGGGAGGGAUCAGCGCCUGGCCCUGGAGUCACCAUCCAGGAUGGCCGGAGGGACAGCAGAAGUCCAACAAAAGCCACGCCCCUGCUCGCUGAGGGAAAGAAAAAUACCUUGAGAGUAGCCGGGGAUAAUAUUUAUGUCAGACAUAGCAAUUUAAUGUUGGAGGACCUGGACAAGGCCCAGGAGGCCAUUCUGAAACACCAGGCUAGCAUUAGUGAGCUCAAGCGCAGUUUCAUGGAGUCCAUACCUGAGCCUCGCCCCAGUGAAUGGGAGAAGCGGCGUGUCACACCUCUGUCCUUCCAGACCCAAGCGAGAAAAGGCCAGGAUGUCUUCAGGGAUGUCCUGUCCGCGAAGGAGAAGUACCUGACGGCGGCCACCCAGACGUCCGAAGCGGCGGCAGCUCGGGUGCACAAGACUCGUCCUCCCACGCCCACGCCGGAAGGGCCUUGCUCUGGAGCCGGGGACGCGGUUAAGAGUUCACAUGAGACUCUGAAUGUAGUGGAGGAGAAGCGGGCAGAGGUUGGGAAAGACGAAAGCGUAAUCGCCGAAGAGAUGAAUGGUAAAGAGCUGUCACCGGGGAGUGGUCCUGGGGAGAGUCGUAAGGUGGAGCCUGGGGCCCACAGAGACUCCACCUCCCUGUCUUCUGAGAGCAGCAGCAGCAGCAGUGAGAGUGAGGAGGCCGUGGGAGAGUACCAGCCCCACCACCGAGUGACCGAGGGCACCAUAAGGGAAGAGCAGGAGUGUGACGAAGAGCUGGAGGAAGAGCCCGGCCGAGGCGCCAAGGUAGUAGAGAGGGAGGCAGCCAUGCCCGAAGCCAUCCCAGACAGACAAGCAGGGGCCAGCGAGCUCCCAGUAGAAACAGAGGCCCAGGAAAAUGUAGUUGCCCAAAAGUUCCCUGGAGAGAAGGGUGCCCAGGGAGGCACCACUGAGCAAGCCGUGCGAGAAGAAGCGGAGGCCGACCAGCACAGAGUUAACGGAGAGGUGCCCCACCUUGACAUUGAUGGUUUGCCAGAGAUUAUUUGUUGUUCUGAGCCACCAGUGGUAAAAACAGAGAUGGUAACAAUUUCUGACGCCUCACAAAGGACAGAGAUCUCCACCAAGGAAGUCCCCAUUGUUCAAACUGAGACCAAAACCAUCACAUAUGAGUCUCCGCAGAUUGACGGCGGGGCUGGUGGUGAUUCGGGCGUGUUACUGACCGCACAAACCAUCACAUCUGAGUCCGCGUCAACAACGACAACCACACACAUCACCAAGACUGUGAAAGGCGGGAUCUCCGAAACACGAAUUGAGAAGCGCAUUGUGAUCACAGGGGACGCAGCUCUGGAUCACGAUCAGGCGUUGGCCCAGGCCAUACGGGAAGCCAGAGAGCAGCACCCUGACAUGUCUGUCACAAGGGUGGUAGUGCACAAAGAGACAGAGUUGGCGGAGGAGGGAGAAGAGUAAGAAAGUCUUUUUUAAACAACAUUUAACUUCAUGAAUCUGAAGAACUUUGACCAUUCCAAGUCUUAACGCCACACCACUACUACAGCAAAAUUGUGCUCCAACUGAUGAUAACAAUGACCAGAAGCCUGAAGAAUUAAAAUGCCAACAGCAUUCCUAAUAUAUUAUUUGUUGUAUAACCACUUCUAGACACCCCACUCCCCUUUCCCUAUUACUCUUUUUUUUGUAAUUCUGUUUUUUUAUUAGGGUUUGUAUUUGUUUCCUUUCCCUACCUGCGUUUUUGACUCAUUUGCUCAAAUGACGGUGAACCAAGCCGGCCAGGCUGGCGAGGUGCUGUUCACCCGAACAGGUGCUGUUAUGUGGAAAGGAGACUCGUGACUAAUUUAGGUAGCAGUUUUCAUUCAAGAUUGUCUCCAAUUCUUUCAGCUUUCAGACUGCAGUAGCGAUACUGCAUGAGAACAUAUUAAUACCGAUUAAAAGCAUUUCUUACAUCCUGACAUUUUUUUCUAAUAUUAGGGAGUUUCUCUAUGGAUGAUUUUUAUAUUGACCUUGGACCAUCCAGUCCUUUGGCUUUGUACUCAGUAGAGUCAGAGACUCUCUGGACUGGAGAACUACGAAUUGACCACUUUGACCACGUACUGUGUCAGAGGCCAUGGCCCCCAGUGCAGUACUUCUCAGACAUGCACUUGACCACAGCAUUCCAGAACAGGGCGAACCACACCCUGUGCCACACCCUUCUACUAAAGAAAACCAGGCAGCUUCAAGCCUUAGAGGUUUCUUUUUUAACCUUCCCUGUUCCAAUUCUCCCAGUGUCUAAUCACUUGAGUAUAGCACUUGCUUUGUAUGAAACGUCUCUGUCUCCAAGUCAACUGACCCUUCGCUACUGAGCAGGUGUGUCUCUGGCAUGGCUUGAUGACUUGUAGCGUUGAAGAGGUUGGGGACAGUGGGCGUGUUGUUGGUUGUAAGAAAGCUACUCCGUGUAAAGCUGACCCGAGAACUGAUAGGAGUUCAUUAACUGUAUUGGACAUUUGCCUCAUUUGCUUUUGACUCUAUGUAUAGUUAUGGUGCCAGAUUAGAUUUAUUGCAGCUUCAAGUUGUAUUAAAUGAUAUUUUGCUUUAUGUAAUACUGUUAUAAAAAAUAAAAGUUUGUUUAUUCUAUAAA